AUGAGACAAGCACCCCCAGAAACAGCAGCAGCAGCAGCAAACAUCAGCCAUCUAUCUCCACCACCACUCCAUUCUAGAGCUCCAUCAUGUGACCCUCAAGUUCAUAGCUGCAAAUGGUGGCCUUACUCAAACUCAAAUGAUUUUGGAGCUAACACAGCUAUGAUCCUCAUCAUUCUCCUCUGUGCACUCAUUUGUGCACUGGUUCUCCACGCAGCCGUUCGUUGGUUUUUGCGAAGCAGCAACGAUAGCUCGUCAGACCGCCUUGGCGAACUCGAGGAGCAGAGGAAACCCAAAAAAGAAGCAAACAUGGCAUCACUGGUGCUGGCUACCACACAGGUGUAUUCUGCUGAAUUAAAGCUCGGCGGGGUGGAGGAAGAUUGUGCAAUUUGCUUGUCAGAAUUCGUGGAAGGCGAGGAGAUUCGGGUUUUGGGAAGAUGUAACCAUGGAUUCCAUGUUCAUUGUAUACAAAAAUGGUUGUCAAGUCGUUCUUCUUGCCCCACUUGCCGCAGUAGUUGUCUUGCUUCCUCCCCUUCUUCACCUGCCAAUUCUUGCGCAGGAAAUGGCCUCGACAACAACACUUCUCGACCAGCAGAACCUGAAAGAGCACCAGACAAUCUCAGUACUAAUGAAAACAUACCCGUGUAG